UUUACCUUAUAAUAUACAAAAAAAAGAAUGUCCUAAUUGAUUCUGAUUAUAAUAUUAUUUUGAGUAUGUUGUGCUGCUGCUGAAAUAAGAGUACAGAAGUUUCACUUUUUUGUUCAUUUACAAACUCAAUUUCCAUCAAAUAAACCAAAACUCUCUUUCUUUUCUUCAAAACAAAAUCAUGUCUUCGAUGAUAAGCGCACAAGGUGCUGUCUUUGCAACAGCCAUGGCUGUUUCCGGCACAGUCAUCCUCCUCGCUCUCCGUCUUCAGAAAUCUCUCCCACCAACCCAAUUCUCCCUUCACCAAAUUCCUCCUUCUCCAUCUCCUAUUCUUCGAUCUUGCAUAUCUUCUGAUGGAAAGAAAACAAAUAAGAAGAAAAAAAGAGUUCAUUUUGCUAAGGAUGUUAUGGAUUCUUGUAGAGAUGGUGAAGAGUAUAGAAAGAAACACCAACAUGAACAUGAACAUGAACAUGAACAUGAACAUGGUACUGUGAUGAGUAAACAUAAUUUGAAGCUAAAUUCAAGGUCAAAGGUUCAAAAGAAUUGCAGUGGUGGAAAUGAGAACAGGGGAAUGCCUGCUAACAGAGUAGCUUUGUAUAAUGGAAUUCUAAGGGAUCGUGUUAAUCAACGAUUGGGUUAUUCUUGUUGAUUUUUUAAUUUUUGUGUGUGUGAAUAUUCUGUUAUUAUGCUUCUCUACCUUUUUCUUUUUCUUUUUUCUUUAUAACUUUUUUUUUGUCAGUACAGUGAGUAGGAAAUAGAAGGUUAUGAAGGGUCCACCAUAAACAAGGGAUCAAGAUUUGUCUUGUGAGUUGUGAAGAUGAUUUUGUUAAUAUUUUUGUUUAGGAUAAUUUUCUUGUGAAAUUAAUUGAUCGUUCUGUAUAGUCUCUUCAUAACUUCAAAGGCAAUUAUUAGCACCUUCUUCUGUUAUGCAGUCAAUCCAAUCCAAUGUUAAAAUUUUAGUUCUAUUGUGAUUGUAAUUUGUGACAUGAUGUAAAUACAAAUAAUAUACUAGUUCUUAAUGAAAAUAGUAAAGUUGUUUUAUUCUUAAA